AGCGCCGUCUCGCACUCAUCUCGGUCACAACCAUCCCGUAGCCUUGCAGUGUCUUGAGGCUGGACAUAAUGAUGCUAUCGCAGUCUCAAUGACUGUAUCUAGCAUUCGAGAAUCGGGCUAAUCCUUGUGUCUGUCACUAUUGAUAUUCGUCUGGACUGUCAAGCCUCACACCCUCCUGUCUUUCUUGCGAUUCCUCCCCGUACGACGUUGCUAAUUUUUCCUCGUCACCAUGGCUACAGCUCCAGGACGACGUCAGUCAGCUCGACAGGUUGUGCGCACUACGCGACCGCAAAACUACUAUGCACGAAACUUCUCCGGUCGCAACCUGGCCGAUGAGACUCCUGCGAACAACGACGCGCAGCCAGGCUUCUUUCCAGCCAUCCAGCACUUUACAGAUGCAAUCGAUGCGCUACCGAAAGAGAUUAUUCGGCAUUUCUCCAUGCUUAAAGAGGUAGAGGCGAAACUACAUGCGCCGGAUGAGCAGGUGCGACGGCUAGCUGCUGCUAUCAUUGAUCUUCCUCCAGUGACGCGCAACAAACCACCACCACACGCAUAUUUUCCGAGCUUAAGUGCACGAAACAGUGUGGAUGGGAGUAGGCAUGGCUCUGUUGUUGGAAAUAGUGCGUCAGAUGGAACGUUCAACGACAGUGACGAUGUCGCAGAUCGUGAAAGACAAGCACUGUUUUACAACUUAAAUGUGAACAUCGCAACCAUGGCUCCGGCGUUGGAUGAGAAAAUAGCUGUGUUGGCAACAGCGAACCAGCAAUUACAGCGGCAGCUCGAUCGCAUGAUGAGUUCAUAUCUACAUAUUCCCGAGGAAAUCAGCGAUGAAGCCCGGCUAGGCAAUCCCAAACACUGGGCUUAUGUCACAGACAAGGAAACAAAGAAAGCCCCGGAGCGAUCGAGGCGGGAAGUGGCGACAACGAAUACACUGGCCGCCGCCGCUGCCGCGGUCGAAGGUGAAUUUGCCAGCAGAAGCGAGGCGCGUCGAGAGGCCGUAGCAGCGCGAAAGAGUCGUACACAACAAAUAGAUUCGGAUUUUGACGACCGACCGGCACCUAGAAAAGGUCCAAAUAAAGCCAAGAAGACAGCUGAGGAUCCAAAGUCUGUUGGGCUUGGCAUUUCGAACGGAGUUACGGGCCCAAACAAGAGGAAAAAGGUUGCAGCUGCUGUACCCAUGGAAAGGUCGGGUAGCAGUGCACUUGGUAAUACCUCAAGAGCGAACCAGGCAAGCCCAAGGGAGACCCCCGAUGUUGCUCCCAAGAAGCGUUCGAAACCGGGGCCGGCUCCUAAGAAGAGAGUUGUAGGAGGAGCGUCGCCUUAUCUUACCUCAUCUCCCGUUAUUGGUACAUUUGCCGCAAAAGAAACUUCAACAAGGCCAGGUCAAGUCCGCGGCCGCCAGAACUCGACCGCCAAUUCGACUCAAUUGACCACUAUCGAAAACAAACCUACGAGGCCUCCAUCUUCACAGUCAAACAAACCAACAAACGGUACCUCGUCGCUUUCUGCCCAUGAACAGUCACAACUAAAUGCAGUAGCUGGGGCGGAAGGUGCAGAAGGUUCGAAGCUGCUCCUGGACCAGUCGAAGCCAAUGAAGAGUGAGGAUGCAGACGUCAACGACGAUGUGUCCAUGCCAGAUGCGGAUGCACCUGCUCCAUUGGUCGUAACACGAGCGGGCAGGGCUUCGAAGACGGCGACGCCAAUGUCAAGCACAUUCCCUGAGCUGGGAAGUCGAAGUAGAUCCGUUCGCAACAAUAAAGACAACAACGGUAGUCAUGCUUCCAGCGAAUCAGGUGAGCGAUCUAGACGGAAGAAAGGAGCAGGUUCUGCGGCGACGUCUACCAGAGCAGACACCGAUAUUGCUGCCGACGAGGCUUCCGAUUUAGUUGACGAGGGCGAAAUUGACGAUGCUGAGAUGGAUGACGGCGACAUGGACGGCGCGGAAGAGGAUGCUAACGAGGCUAAAUACUGCUAUUGUAAUGAUGUGAGCUAUGGCGAAAUGGUAGCUUGUGAUAACGAGAAUUGCGAAAGGGAGUGGUUCCAUCUGAAGUGUGCAGGGUUAAGUAGGGCGCCAGACGAGAACACCAAGUGGUACUGCGAUGAGUGUAAGAUGACGAUGAAGGAAAGCUCGAAGAGAAGUCGUCCCGUCAGUCGGAGAGAGUGAUACUAUGGGAGAAAUGACGCAGCUACCUUGGGCGUCUGAUUAGUUAUGGAAACUGAUUGUGUCCUCACCUUUUGAGGUAUCCUAGAUUGACGAGGACCUGCGGAAGAUGACUAUCAGACAGAAAUUUUGCUCGUUGAUAAAUCUUGUGGUAUUCUUCGCGAUUCAAGGUUGAUCGCCUGAACCAAAAUAUUGUCUUUUUCGGCCUCAUUUUCCUUGUAAAUCGUCAUUCAGCUCAAUCCCAGUUCCUCAUCAUAG